UUAAAAUAAUCGUAACUAUUUCCCUACUUUUAAAUGGGUUAAAACAAUCGAAACUAUUGUUCCUUCUUCUGUAGCGCGCAAAAUAUGUAAACAAUUUUUAUUUAUAUUAAUUUGGUUAAAUUUAUGAUAAUACGUCUUAUACUUACGAUUUCAAAAUGCCUUUUGCUAGUUUUAAGUCCGUUCGCGAAGUUAGCAGCGAAGACAUUAACUGCCCUGCAGAAAAUUUAAUAAAAUCAACCGGCAAAAAGUGGAAAACUAAAGCAUGCGGUGAGAGACUUGGAUUUGUGGUUCUCGAGCUUAGUGAGCCUUCUAAAAUUACAGGAAUUGAUAUUGGAAAUGAGCAUUCUGCUUUCAUAGAAGUAUUGGUUAGUAACACAAGCUGCAGUCCAAAUGAUUUUACUGAAAUUUUGGUGACAUGCUCCUUUAUGACUCUUAUAGAGAGUAAAAACUCUACUAACAUCAACCGAGUACGUUGUUUCAGUCCCGACGCAUUAAUAUCAACUACAUUGUCUAAAAAAUGGCAAUUUAUUAAAAUAAUAUGCAGUCAACCAUUCAACAAACACGUACAAUAUGGGAUUUCUUUCAUUAAAAUACAUGUUGACUCUAAUGUUGAUAUAAAAAAAAUACCACAAGUUAGCGAAAAACUUCAUUCCAAGGUUGAAAACCCGUCUUCUCUAAACAUUUCUCAAUUGGGAAAAUUUAAGUUACGCGAAGAAUCUCCAGAUUCCGAUUCUGAAAGUUCGGCAUCGCUAUUUAAAAGAUGGAAAGCUUCCGAAAUGAACAGUGGUAUGGAUGCUUCACAAGUUAGUGAAAAAGCAAAUAAGGGAAAGUUGUUUAUUUCAGAGACACACAGUUUAAAAAAUACAACGGAAAUCUUGCAAAAGCCCAUCGAAACCGAAAAAUUAACAUUGAAAACUGUACAGAAACUUUCUAAUAAUUACGACUUAAUGCUCUCAACGGACCGCAAUCGUCGAGAGCUUGCUUUUGGCAACGAAGAAAAUAACGAUGACGAAAGAAUUUAUAAAAAAAGACAGAGAUUAUCAGAAGCUAUCGAACUGGAGCGUGAACAACUUCGGAAGAGAAAUGAAUCUAGCACUUCUAAAGACAAUAAAAAAGAAUUGAAAAGAGCGGGAAAAAUAGAUGAAAACAAAAAACUUACAAAUUAUGACAAAGCGAAAAAUGAUCCAACUAAGCAAAAGAUCAAUAAAGAAGAAAAGAAAUGUGAUAUAAGAGGAAAAAUUUUUCGACCAUUUGAUGAGUUACUUAAAGGAACUGUUUUAGUAAUAAGCGGAAUACAGAAUCCAGAGCGAUCUAAUCUUCGGGAUAAGGCUUUAUCAAUGGGAGCUAAGUACAGAGCUGAUUGGGGAAAUGGUUGCACACACUUAAUAUGCGCAUUUAAGAAUACACCAAAAUAUAAUCAGGUAAGGGGAAAGGGAAAAAUUGUUACACGCGCUUGGAUUGAAGAUUGUCACAAACAAAAGAAAUAUUUACCAUGGCGUAGAUAUGCUUUGGAUAGCAAUGACCUAACGCAACCUGAAAGCGAGGACGAGGUGCUGGACGAAUCACUUCGACCCGCUCAGCCAUCCUCUGAUUCGAAUGUAACAAAAAACUCUAUCGCUAAUGCUGCAAGGGAAAUUUCCACAGUUUCUUCAGGAAGUGACACCGAUGAUGAUAUUCAACGUGUUUUGGAGAAUAAUGCAAAUAAAAAUAAAGAAAAGCAAGGAACUGUUUCACAUAGUAAAACCGUUUUUGAUUUAUCUACAGAGGAAGAAGUCUAUCUCACAGCAAAAACAAAACUCGAUGCAAAUAUGAAAAGUCUGUUCAAUGGCUUAAUCUUUUUUAUUUGCAGUGAUAUAAGGUCUGCUGAAAGAAAAAGAAUUGAAAAUAUAAUUAAACUAAAUCAGGGAUUGAUUACCCUUUGCCCGAAAGAAGCCGAACUUUUCAUUUCUAUUGGAGAAGCGAUAGAGAGUAAGACAAAAAAUGGAAAAGUUAUAAAGCCUGAUUGGAUAUAUGAGAGCAUCGAUAUGGAAAUGAAAGUGCCCCUCGAGAAAUACCUUCUGUAAAUAAAAUAUAUUGUUUUUAUUACUUUUUUGUAUAAUAUUUAACCAUAAAAUAUAUGAAGUUUAUACUACAAACACAAUUUAAGCCAAAAAA